AUGCCCUCACCACGGGGUCGUCCCUCGACAUACCUCCUCCUCGUCUACCCUGUGAUCCUUGCUCUGGGGUCCGCCUACUCGAUCCUGUCGCCGCUCGACGUCACCGCGCCCGACACGAACUACUUCUCCGGCAAGAGGAACAUCUUCAACGUCUACUUUGUGAAGCGGGACUGGUUCUGGACGUCGUUGGCCCUCCUGCUCCUGCAACUCACCGCGCGACCGGCCCCGGGUCUGAAAGUCAAACACUACGCCCAAGUGGCGCUCCGGUACUCCGUAGCCACGGUGUCAUGGUUUCUCACGACGCAGUGGUUUUUCGGGCCUGCGCUCAUCGACCGCAGCUUCACAAUCACCGGCGGCCACUGUGAACCGCACAUCAUGAAUACAAACAGUCUGAGAGAGGCGGUUGACAUGGCCUCCAUUUCUUCCGGGUUCGUGUGCAAGGCCGCCGGGGGUCGUUGGCGAGGAGGGCAUGAUAUUUCCGGCCACGUCUUCAUCCUGGUCCUCUCCUCGGCCCUGCUCAUCUACGAGCUGUACAUCUCCGAUCGCGACUCGGCUCAUCCUCACGUCUCCCCCAAAGCCGCGGCCGCAGUUGCCCACGACAUGACGGAAGAGGAACGAAAGGCGGUCGGAGGAUGGGAGUCCGAGACGGUUGCAAAGAUACGGAUAUGGUCGAGAUAUUUCGUCUACACCGUUGUGGGGUUGGAUAUCUGGAUGCUGAUGAUGACUGCCAUCUGGUUCCACACGUGGCUGGAGAAGCUCAGUGGUCUAUUGAUCGCCGGUCUUACCGUGUACGGUCUUUAUUUCGCGGGAGAUCACGUUCCACAGUUGCGGCAGAUUGUUGGCGGAUUAUGA